AUGAAGAAUUCUCUGUGCAGGGCACUUGCAAGAAUCGCUACCUCACAACCAACGAAAAGGCGAAUUCCUCCACUAAUCCUCCUGCUUCAACAAUCACCUUCUUACUCCACCACCAAAAAGGAGCACUCCCCACCGACAACUACAAGCUCAAAAACACCACCUUUACACAAGAAAUCACCUUCCUCUGCAGAUUUUCCAAGGCCUAAUGAAAUUCCAUUUCAAGCAAAGGUUGCUAAUUCCAUUAGUUUAAUUGGAUAUAUCAAUAUGCCUAUUCAAACCCAAGUUUCAUCUCCUGAUGACAAGUUUUGGGCUGCCACUAUUAUUACCCAGGAACCUUCUUAUCAUUCUCCUGCUCUUUGGAUUCCGAUAAUAUUUGAAGGCGAUUUGGCUCAUAUUGCUGCUUCACACUUGAAGAAAGGAGAUUUUGUCUACAUAGGUGGGCAGUUAAGUAAUGACCCCCUCCUUUCCCUGAAAUGCAGGAUCAAGCCCAAGUUCAGGUAA